UUAGCAACUUAUAGUGGGACUGCAACGGCAUUCUGACACUGGGGGGGAACUAACUUGGUGUCAAUGACAUCCCCAGUGACACCAAUGCAGUGAUCAGUUCUAAAAAAAAAAAAAAGCACUGACAUUGUACUAAUGGCAUUGGGCAGGAAGGGGUUAACAUGAGGGUGAUCAAAGGGUUACCUGUGUGCUGUUUUACUUGUCUGUGCUUCACUGUAAUCACACUGCUUUGGAUGGCGGUGCUGUGCACAGCCAUCCAAACCAGUGUGCACAAGCGGACAGGGAGGAGAACUGUAUUGUUUACAAACCGUUCUCCUCCCCAUCGGAAAUGCUCUGCGAUCACUGGCUGGGACCCGGUGAUUGGC